AUUAUGCAGAGUUUUGAUGAAGAAUUUGGCGUUUUCUCCUUCAGUUCAUAGCAGAGAUAGUAAAAAGGAGAGAGGGGAAGAGAGAGUGGGGGAGAGUUUGGGGUUUCGCUGUAAUCAUGUUCGGUGAGUAUUGAUUUCGCGAGCGCACUCCAAUUGGCAGCAUCUCCACUACAGCGCCGGCGCGUCAUCCUCGGUUCACAUCGACGGAACGAGUUGUAAGCAAAUGAGAACAUGUGUGGGAUCUGAGAGAGUGAGGAAAGGCAAGGGGGGAUAGAAGGAAGCAAGAGGAGGAGUGAUAAAAGCCAGUUUUAUCAACCUGACAAGUGGAUACGAUAUUUUAAAUCCCGGACUAUUUUUUUUUCUUCAUAUUUUCCAGACUGGGAAUUUAUCGAUUUGUCACAUGCGCACGCCUCUUCAUUAUAAUUGCAGACAGUUGGGUGCUGUUCAGGCUGAAUGGACUUGAAUGUGCCGCUGCCAGCUUAAUCCGUGCAGACUGGAAGAUUUAAUAAUUCACGGUAAUCACGCAUUAUCGCCUCAGUGGAUGCUCUCUACACAGCCCUGGUGAUUUUUUUUCACCCCUCUCUCUCUCGCUCCAUUCUUCCUGUUGUCUUCUGGAGGAUUUAUCGACGACUGCUUUGCCAAUAUGCUCCGUAUCUGAAAUAUCAUCUGUUGCUGCAACUGGAUUGAAAUGCCCCCAUGACUGGCUCAGACACGCGUUUGAGACUGACUGACUUAAGGUGAUGUGGGCUGUUGAAUAAGAGGCAUUUUGAAUCAACAUUUGAUAUUUAACAGCGGGUAAAAUGGACCAGAAAUUACUCUUACUUUUAUUACUUCUCUUAUCUCUCCACGCGAGGCUGUGAUUUCGAUUUUAUUCAUCAUGAUCCCUCUACACCGCUGAAUUGCCUAUUAUUGAUCCAGACUGGAAGCGUAAUAUCAGUGAUACAAGACGAAUUGAAACCUGAAUUCACGUGAAAUCCAGUGAACAGAGUGGGAUACUGGCACCGUGGAGGUAUUUCCCUCCACCUCUUUUCAUUUGAUUUAUUCCAUUUCUCAACUGAAGGGUAAAUGUUGAUGAUGGAGGACGACGAACUAGACGCUCAUCAGGUUGAUUCGGAUUUCGAGCCGCAGAGCCGGCCUCGCUCGUGUACCUGGCCGCUACCUUGCCCGGAGGAUUUCCCCGGCGGACACGAGGUCAGCGGGGGUCUCCCGCUGGCCAACAUCAAGGUGGAACCGGAGGACAUCCCGGCUUGCAGAGGGGGGCUUGUGGGUGGAACACCGGGAGAGCUGAAGCACCCAGCCGGCGCCCCGGCACCCACAGGCGCGACGCACCCAUGCCUGGCUGGCGCGGCGCUCGAUGUGACCGGACCGCUGCGCAAAGCUAAAUCCUCGCGGCGGAACGCGUGGGGGAACCAGUCCUACGCGGAUCUCAUUACCCGAGCCAUUGAGAGCACCCCAGAAAAGAGACUCACGCUGUCACAGAUCUACGACUGGAUGGUCCGCUAUGUGCCCUAUUUCAAGGAUAAAGGCGACAGUAACAGCUCAGCUGGCUGGAAGGUAAGGAGUGAAAAGCACGAGCCAGCACGUUUUUUUGUUUGACAUGUUAAUCACAAAGUGUCAAAAGAUAACAGCGAGUCUGAUCCCCCUUUCACUAAGCUAUUAUGCUUUUUCGACCCUCGUGCCAUACGCAUGUCACCGUGGGAUUCCGUGCCUGUUACGCAUGAAUGGUGCCAUGCGUUAUCUUGUCUUAGUUCAUUACUGCCGCCUGUCAUUCUAAUAGAUCAUUGAUGGCACAAUGUAAUAGACUGGAGUGGAGUCACUCCGAGUGUGUGUAACAAGGCUACAGGCUCAUGAUGGGCAGCAGCGUCCGUGGAAUGAAAUCCACUCAGCAGCACCAGCAGCAGCAAUGCCUAAUUAUUAAUUUCCGUAUCUGCUGCGAAUCAGUGUACCAGUCAAAGGGGAGAAACUAUUCACUGAGAUGUCUACUACAUUUCUAUCGAGGGAUAAAUCAGGAUGUAUUAGACAGAAUCAACAGACGGACACUUGUUGGAGAUCACAGGUCAGCUGCCCGCAAUGUAAAUAUUCAGAGGGGUUUUUCACAACUGACCACAGUCCACCACCGCUGCUCGCCUGGCUGAGAGCCUAGAGUAACCUCUUGGACAUCUGCCCAUGUUAUCAGCCUCUAUUCCCAGCCUCAUCUUGUUUCUAUUCAUUAUGGCCAUUUGAGGACAGGAGAGAAGAAGCAGGGAGAUUAGCAGGGGCAGAAGUGCAUGUCCUCAUGACGCACCUUUGAUGAACCGGGAAACCUCAGGAUUAUAAAAGCCAAGUUUGCAUUUUAAGACUUAUUUACAGGGCGACGUGUGAAAAGUUAAAGGGUGUAUAUUACCAGGCAUUUUGCUCCAGAUUGCUCAACAUGCCACAUCUGGUUUUUAAUAAAGCAAAACCACAAAACAAGACUUAAAAAUGUUUUCAAAUUGGCCGGCAUAAAUCCACAAUCCACUGGAUUGCUUGUACUUAAAUACUUACAGGAACAACUAUUGACUCUGUGUCACGUGGUUUCAGCUCAUCCAUAACUCUUGAGAGGUAUGUCACUCUUACACUCUGAAACCACACUAAUGGCAUGUGUCCAACAACAUGCGUUCAUAUUUUUGCCUUCAUUUUGUUGUCAGAACUUGUUUUGCGCUGUUGCAUAACACAAACUCUCUCGGAGUUGAGUCUCCUCGGUUGGCCCCAGCCGUAAUCACAAGCACCUGACUGACAUCUUGAGCCUGUCCCAUUAAACUUAACCCCGCUAAGGUGUGUCUCCAGGUAGACUUUACCUCAUUAGCCCUGCACUUGCAUCAGGAGUCUUGAACCUUUGGGCCUCUUUAUCUUUAGCACUAAAGUCUCAGUCUGCUAUUUGAGAAACUGCAAAUUAGCAGGGGGGGUGGGGGCCACGACGACAGGCGGCCGCGGUAGUCUGAGGUCUCUCGGCUAUUUCAGGCCACAGGCGAGACAUGGGGCCCAUUCCAGGUAAUGACGGGGCAUUAGGUAAGUCUCUUAAAAGAGGCAGCCAAAAUGUCAGGAACAGGGCUGACCUGGUUUUGGUUGGAGAGGGAAUGGUAAUGUAAACAUUCACUCAGAAGUCGUGAGUAGAGGAAGAAAACUAACAGCAGAUGGAAAUAUUGACAAUGAAAGCAGUGUGUACAAAUGAACUUGAACAAUAAAACUCUUAAUUCAGCUUUUAAACUUUUAAUUGAACUCAGCUUUUCAAAUGACAACCCCAUUUGCUAAGGUGGGAUUUUAAAUACAAAACGAAAUCCUGAAAUAUAUAAUUUUUGACAGGAACCCCAUAAAUCUUGAUUUUCUCAUAUUAGAAAAAGCCAUAAAACGUGCAUUUUAAUUCUUCAGUGAGGGAGUUAAAGAUUAGAAAAGGAUGGAGAAACAUUAUUUGUUUUUAUAAAGGAUUAACUGUAAGAUCAUUCAGUCACAGCCUAUAAAAACAAGCUUCGCUCUAUUAAUGUAAAGUCACACGUGCAGUUUUAGUGCAUGAACCUGUUGCACGUAAAAUGUCACUUUACAUUACUCAGGUUGCACUCUCGUUCUCGCUGCUCUGUCAUCUGGCAAUUAUUCCUGACAGCAGCCUUUGCUAGCUGGGAAACCCUACUUGUAUCAUCCACCAUGUAUUCAUCUCAAUCAACAAUGCAACGCACGAGCUAAUCAUUUGAUGCAAAACAGCCCGCUUUAUUCUGUUGUGACGGGGGAAGGAAGAAAAAAAAUCAUAAAAGAAUUGUUGGUAAGCUGCUGAUGAAAUCAAAUGAAAUUAAGUGAUAUGGCUUGGCAGAUUUGCGUAGGAGGCGGGAUAGCUGGGGGUUGUGAAUGAGGGGUUGUGGUGGUGGUGCUGGUGCUGGUGGUGGUGGGCGGGGGAUGACCAACUUAAGACAGUUUAUUUAAGUGAAAGAGAGAGAAUCUUAAGAAUCAGGACGUGCGUUGUAGGUGAUGCUGCCGUGGAUGGUAUUAGCAGAGACGUGAUGCUGGCUUGAUGACAGAUACAAGACAGGCUGCGCAUGAAGACGGUACCAUUAAGCCCCUAUAAAUACCUUAUGGCUUCUGACUUCUAGGAAGCAUUCUAAGGCCAUGGCUCCUUAAUCACCAUACAUCUUAUUGUGUACUUUUGAACCUGAUUACACUUUCCACUUUGGCAUCAGUCACUGGCACAUGGUGACCGGCCUUUAUCUACGUAUGCUCUUUAACUAAGCCGAUCCUAAAUAGACAUUUGCAGAACGCUACACUUAAGUUGGCGAUUGAUCCCGAAGCUUUGUGUGGUUACUUCUUAUGUCUUUGCCCGACACAAGGGCGCAUGUGGACGCAAACUGCGUUUGUGCGUGGGAGAAGCACAUGUCAAUUGCAACAAAGCAUCAAGGUUGGUGGUGCUCUGUGUGCGUUUCUGUGUGUCUUUGUGGGGCCCUAAUGCAGGGGGAGGGGCUGUCGACUUCUAUAGGCGUGUGUGUUUGGGCCCGCUCAUUGGUCUGACAGCAUGUCACUGCAGAGAAUGGUGCGUAGUCUUGCUCUUGACUUCAUAAUGCCUCUAAUGGUGGGGUUUAAAGAGAACUUGGUGUUGGGAUUGCCCUGUAGGCGCCCAUAAGUUUAUUAACUUCAAAGACGUUGGAUGAGGCGAUUGUUAUGCAAGGGGGGAGGCUUCAUGAAAAUGUCAGCGUGGAAUGUAGAAUAUCCAUAAUAGACCGAUACUUUUAACGUGUUACCCAUAUUAAAACAAAAAUGAGUGAUUUAUAUCAUCUGUUUAAUUCAAGUGUAUGUAAUUACGAUUAAACGGCAUCUAUUGUUUUCACACAUAGUUCUUCUUCUUCUAUGUGCUUACAAUUCAGGGCUUUUUCCGGCACAGGGGGCAGUUAGAGGCCAAGGGAAUUUCAGGGCAGCAGGUUGGCAAGGGUGCCAGGCAGUCACUCAGACAUUUUAAUCCAAAGCGACUAGACUGUUAUUUAUAAAGUGUCUUUACAUAGGGCCAGCAGGGCGAAAGGUUAUGGGGCUUCCUUGUGGUUUUGGCAGAUCAGGGAGAUGAGGCUAAAAAAAGAGAAAGAAGUGUGACAGGAACUUUGGAAAAACAACCCGAGAGAAAUCCUGGAAAAUAUAGUGGAGCGAGUGAGACCCUUGUUUCCACAUGCAGUUGUUUUUAUGAUAGUGCUGGGUCAUAUUGCUGUAUCUAAUUGAUUUAAAGGUAGAGAUUUAGACACUUUGGUAACUCUGUCACCAUACGCAGGCUCUCCAAGCUGCAACAGGAAGACACUUGUCAAAUAUGAAGGAUAUGAAUGUCAAAUGUGCAGCAGAGAGUGUGUUUGACAGAAGCUUAGCAUGAAGUGGAGAGACUUGAAACUUUUGGAGUGUGUAGAGCAGCUUGUGCGAGUGUGUGUGAGUAUGUGUGUAGGAAUGCAUACUUGUGUCGCUUGAUGAUGGUUGGGGAGUCUGGAGAGACUGGAAACUAUCCUAGACUUCAGCUGAUUCAUAUUUUAUCCUCCGUCUUGGCUCAGGGGAGCGGAGUAAUUUGAGAGUGCGACACACACGCACACGCACACACACACACACACUUACACACUCAGAAAAUGAGAGCAUAUGAUGCAUGCCGGACAGAUUUAUGGUGUAGGAUUAUGAGCACCUUACAUCUCCCCUUGGCUUGUGCAGCCGGAGCCAGGUUGGGUUCAGGCAGUAUAUUCAGGUUGAGUCGGGUGUGUGAUGCCAAGAAGCCCGCUCUAGCUGCCUCUCCCCCUGCAGCCUUCAGGCAGCCGUGGCAGUUCAUUUCUCUCUGAAAAUGAUUAAUGUACAUGCAAAUUACCAAAGCAUGGGCACGCAUUCAAAUACGGGAGACAGCAAUCAGGAGACAGUAAUAUGAAAAACAAUAUAAUUCUGCCUUUGAUAUUACUCUGCUUUCUUUUAUCACUCCAUCUUGCAGACAUCCAUGUUAUCACGUCUUUAAUCUCGCUGCCUUUCUUUUUCGCUCCAUCCGUCUACGAGACAUUCUAUACAUUUUUUCUAUCUUCGUGGUUUCAAGGGCCAAUUGAGGUGAAGAGCCUUUCUGUGGCGUCAGGAUUUUGAGCUUUAGCGCUCUCUUGCCAGUGAUCCACACUGCCUUAAGCAGCGUGCCUCCUCUUAUCUAAGAGAAAUCUCGUAUCUCACAUUAUCUCAGAGAUAAUAGGAUAACAAUGCUGGAUUUUCCCCAGCUCAACUCCUCUCAGCCACUGGGUCUUUUGGAGCAGAAUACAAGGGGGGGAUGAGACCGUCAAGUUCCCAAUUUGACGGGGUUGAACUAAUUUGGAUGUUCUUCUCAGCUGAACUGAACUUACCAAGCCUAUUACCCAUGGUUCUGCAAUUUUAUUUUACUCUUCACAGCAGUUUGGUGACAUUUCUCAGAAUAUUAAAUGCUCCUUUCACUUCCUAAAGUGAAGAAACAUAGUGAGGCAUGGAGAAAUUGUCAUUCUUUUCCCAUUGCACUUUCUUAGGGUGAUAGUUCCCUCUACUCCCCUCUGGCUCAUGCACGCACACAAAUUUUCACGAAAAACACACAACACACUUGUGCCUCUUCAAACCACCCAUGGAGGAACACUCUGUUCUUGGGUGGGGUGAACCAAGUUUUUGGGCAGAGGAGGGGGCCGGCGGAGAGCGGAAGCGACUUUCCGCGUUGCUGUUUUCUGCUGUCUGAUUUGUUUUGAAAUAAGCCCGACUUGUGGCAAUUGGCUCUCGCGGAAGGUGUGGCUCUAUUUGGUGAGAGCCUGCUGAGUUUUUGGCAAAACUAUUUACAGCUGCAGGGACAGGGUGAGGUGUGCGUUUCCCUCCGAAGCUAUGCGAGUUUGAUGUCGUAGAGAUUCGAUGAAAGGUGAUUAAAAUACAUCUUCUUUGAUUUGCAGGGAGCGAGGUUAUUAAAUUGGUGAGAAAAUAGGAAGAUGUCUUUUUCAGUUAACGGAUCUAUGUGUCACUCAGGGGCUGAUGGACACAUACUGAGGUUUGUACUUACAACCAAACAGCCACAUCUCAAAAAAAAGAGAGAGCUGAGCUUCGCUAGUGUUCCCCUGACUUCUAGUCCUCCUAAUAAAACUCACUUUGCUCUUUUUGUUCUGUUACUUAAAUAGUAAUAUCACUCAAAGAAACAUUUUUUCAUUCACAACUGUUAAUACUCUCCAGAAAUGACUAAUAAGCAAUAAAUGACUCAUCAUCUAAUAACCAGCCUACAUGUCAGAAAUAAAAGACCUCAGCAUGCUGUUUUCUCAAUGCACUGCACUUUAGAAAAUGCCCAUUGUUAUUACUCUCCUUUUGAUUUCCUAAACAAACUGAAUGAAAAGAGUUUCCCUUUUAAUGUGAGAUUUUUGUCAUUUUUCGAAUUCACUCAUGUUUCAUUUCCAAGGAGCUCGCUCUUAAUCCAGAGAGGAGUCUGUCAGUUUCAAUCGGACGGCGGUGGAUGAAGUUAUUUUGUCCUGGAGAAAUGUUGCUCGCAUUAUAAAUUUAGUAAACGGCUUCGGAUAUUCACUUGAGCAAGCAGCGUGUGAAUAAAAUGUGUCGGCCCUUGUGGUGCAAAAAAAUUUUGUGGCAGCAUGCUUGUUGCUCAUCUGUGUCAAUGUGCGUAAUGUGUGACUAUCCUGUCUGUGUGUGCGUGGAUGUUUGAGAGCGAAUUUUUCUUCUUUCUCCCGCAUCAGUCUAUGACGAGUGUAUAUGUGUGUGUCUGUGAGUGUAUGUGUGUGCAUGUGGGUGUGUUAGGAGGGGUUGAUGGGCUCAGUGGGAGCCCAGGUCCCGGGGGAACAGCUCUCGUUAAUAAUUCAGACGAGGCUCAUUAUCAAGGCAGCGCAGAUUUCUCCCUGAUUCCACCUUAAUUGCAGGCAGGCUGCUCCACUCAGGCAGGCGGUAGUCACGCUGGGUCGACUCUCUCUGUCUUUUUCUCCUCCACUACAGGGCCUGCUCUGCUCCGCUCUGUUCUGCUCUGUCUCCUGUACUCACCCCAUCACAGCGAGACGGCCUUGGGCUAACCUACGCCGUAUUAGAGUACACCUUAAUAGCUGUAACAUACUGUACUAUGAACACGCCGUUUAUGUGUACUUAAAGAUGUGCCUCAUAUAUUUCUGAUUGGAAACAGACCGUGCACUGUUUGGGCAUCGCUCUGGAAUGUCUAAUUCUGUUGGCAAACUGAGACAAAACCUGCAGGUUGCCGUAGUAGAGCUCAAACAAUGAGUGGAUUAACAGUACGACAUAAAAAUUAAUCGUCAAACAUUUUUAUGAUUGAUUAAUAAUUCUAGCUGGAGAUGCCAAACAUUUGUUUGUCGUUUGUUGUGGCUGUGUCCGAUGAUGGCUCUGGAUUUUUUUUUGCUAAGAAAUAUAAGAUUUUUCAAUAUUUGACCACUGGUUAGGUGAUGCAACGGUGCGCAAAAAUCACAGUUCGGUAUGUGCAUUGUUUAGUGGCUCUACUACACAACUACCAUUCCAGCUGCACGCACCCUUUCCUCUCCUCCCCAUCUUAGUUUGCUUGGACGUUUAAAAUACCACUAAAAACAGGGUGACCAUGUUCUGAAUCCCCAAAGAGGACAUGACUAUGCGGAGACGGAGUCACAUGGAGUUAAUUUUGAGAAAUUUUCAGGUCAGAUCGAGUGUUUUUUACGCAAGUAAGUCCACAUGACACAAACUCGAAACUUCCGUACAAAAAGAUUUUAAAAACUUCCCCUGACAAAGCCGGACAAGCCCCCCAAAAAAGAGAACAUGUCCGGGUAAAAGAGGACGAACGGUCACCCUAACUUAAAAUAUAAGAACCAUGCUAGAAGUGUUGACACUCACAUCCUGCCAUGUGUGGUACGUAACGCUCACUUCUCUGUUUCCCCGGUAAUCUUGAUUUAAAGCCAACUUGGGAGGGAAAUCUUAGUUUUAAGAAGAUGACAGCAACGUUGGUCCGGCUCCAAAAAAAAGCACGAAGACAACAUGAACCAAAGCAGAUCUGGAUGAUGACACACGCCGUACAAAUUUAGAACAUAAUACUAAUGACUUACUGAUGGAUACCAACCACACAAUACACACGCCAACAAGUGACUAACGGAUGAAGCAGCACGUAUUUUCUCUUUUUUAAAUCACUGCUUGUACCUUUACACCUUUUAUACUAGUUUACAUGUUUCUGACAUUUUGAGGACCAAACGAUUAAUUGAUUAUCCUGAAAAGGAAAAAAAAACAAUCGACGAGGAAUAUUACAAUUUAAUAUAAUGUGCUUUACGAUCAUGGUAACUGAUCCAUCUACAACAUAAACAAUAUAAUGUCCUAUGAUGAUGCGCCCUACACGAAGCCUAAUGUGUUUUGUUUUGGUUAUGUGCUUUGUGAAUUAUUAUAAUGGCGGGUUUAUCCUUGAAAUAGCCUAUAGUGUAUUAUCAUACUGAUGACACUGUAGAAUGUGUGUUGCAGUGAUUGAUAUCAGGCUACAAUAAUACUCCUCUUCAUGCCCAUCUAUAGGCUUAUGUAAUGCAUCUUGUCUUCAUAAUUUACACUGACUGAUGGGUCUCCAUUCAGUCCAUUCAGUGAAUCCCCACCGAGAGAGCAACAUAAUGGGCCUGAUCUUGUCAUACAUGUAUAUGAAUAUUUCAAAUCAAGUCAUUGUAACUAGAUGGGGGCUUUAGAUAAACAACACAGAUGCUUCUUCCUCUUUUUGCUCGUGUUCGAAGAUGAAGUGCCCUCCGAGCUGUAUUUCUCUCCCGGCCACAAAACUGGCUUCCCACAAAUCACAGCGCCCAUAUUUCCUAAUUCAAUUUUUCUCUUCGUCGGAUAUCUCUUCCUGUAUGCAAGGGGAUUGAUGGCCGUGUGCAUGUGUGUAAAUGUGUGUGUUUAUGUGCACGCAUAUUGCCAUGGCUGUCCCUGAGAAAAAGAGAUGAUGUAUACCGGGCUAAACGGUGUAUUUCACAAGCGCUCCAUCUCCGGACUCUUUCCCGGCAGCCAUGUGCAGGGUCCCCUCGCUCCUCUUCGCCUGUCCAUCAAACCCCUGUCAUGAGCCAAAAAGGAUUGUGGGAGGGGGAAAGGGGAGCGUAUAAGGGCCGUCGAUCAGUUUACCUGAGCUUGGCGGUCCUGGCGAGUGAUGGAGGGAGCCGCCUAACAAAAGGGAAAUGUAGUUAACGUUGACUGAUUGGAGCAGGUGGACAGAUAGAAAAAAAAAAGAAAAAAAAAAGGAGGGCAGCGGAGAGGAGGAGUAACAGGAGUUAUGUUAGAGGAAGAUGCUUGUUAUGCUAAUGUCUGGUGGAUAUGCUGCUCCCACAGCUGAUGGAUGGAGCCGAGGAGGUCACCUCAGGGUAGUGGCUGGUCAGGAACUCCUGCCGAGCUGCAAUGUCUGCUCACCUGGGGCUGAAAAGAGAAAAAAAACUGACCUUGGAAGGAUAUCUACUUUGCAUGUGUGGAUUCUGCCUGGGUGUGUGCAUUUGUAUGUGUAAAACGAACCAUGUGUGAGCAAAUCAGUGUGGGAGCCAGCAUAUGUGCGGGGAGGUUACAGGAUCGAGGCGAGGUUGUCGGGUUAGGAGGUGACUGUGAGACCAGCUGGGGUUGAUGGGGGGGGAAGGGGCGUUUUUUGUGUUUUUGAGGGGAGGUAUGAUCAGUCAGGAGGGGAGGGAGGGGGCGACAUUUGUCCCUCCCCAACUGGAUUUGUAUGUCAGUGGCAUGAAUCUGGGUCAGGACACUGGGUCCGGUGUUUAGUAUGCUGACCGUGUGAGGUCUGAACUCGGAGUCUGCUCAUAGCCCUGAAUGAACCCAGCACGUCUGCCUCGCUCUCUCUCCUCACCCCCUUUUUUCCUCUUUCUCCAUUUUUUCAUCUCUGUCUCCCCCUUUCUCUCUGCGCCGGGAGCCUUUUUUCCCCCAUCCCCUCCUCUGUCUCUUUGCCUUUUUUCUUUCCGUACCCCGGGCAUUUUUUUUCAUACCCUUCUUUCUCGUGCUCUCUUUUUCACUGUCAGUCACUCACGGCCUUCUCUUCUCUCCUCACUUGUUCUAUUUUACACUCGCAGUCCUCCCCACAAAGUAGCCCUUUUUAUCACUCAUUUCCCUCUUCCCUCGCUCAUUUCUCCUGCUCCUUUCAUGUGCUUUUGAAAUCCCCUUUUCAUCUUUAGCUCUCUCUUUCUCUCUUGCCCGCUCUCUCUCUCCCUCACACAUACACACACUGGCUCAUUCAGUCAUUCUUUUAUUAUCCCAAAACUAAAGUGAUAAAUGGCUCUCUUUCUUCUCUGUAAAUGUCACUCGGGGAAUUGUCUCUGCUCAUUGAUUGACUGGAGAAGAGGGACGGCCACACAUGCACAUGCGCCGGUUUCUCUCACGUGCACAUGGGCUAAAAAGAGGAAGAAGAGAGAGAGAGAGUGAGGGAAAUGAUUUAUCAUUAGAGGUGCAGCUUAGCAGGGUGCUCCAGCCGUCAGGGUUAACAUCUGGCCCUCGCAGGUCCAGCUCUCCUCUCUCAGAGCUUGAUGCAUCAUUUGAAGAACUUGUGCGGUUGGUUUAUAAUGAAGCAUCAAUUCUCUACAGGGCUUGGCAUUCACAGGAGUGCUGGGAAGCUGGAGCUCAACGAGGGAUCAAUCACGGUUAAACAAUCCGAGCUGGCAGGGCCGAGCCGGUCUCUCCAUUCUUUCUCUCCCUCUAAAGUGACGCGAUGCCAAAUGCAUAAGUGUUUCACCCAGUUUAUCCUUAACUGUCAGAAUAGUGCCAGCCAAGGAAAUAAGCAUUAGAGCCAGAGCAGACAGUGUGCCACGUGUGUGUGUGUGUGUAUGUGUGUGAGAGUAAGUAGGGGUUAAUAAUGCUCAGUCAUUUUCUUAAUGUCUCAUUCACCCUGCCUCAGGCGCCGGAGCCUGAUAAAGGUCAAGACUACUGGUGGUUACAUGUCGUCCUCCCUUAUUUCAUUCUCUUCGCUGCACAGCGGGAAAAGAGAGGAGGAGGAGGAGGAGGGGGGAACGAGUAGAAAUAAAAGUCCAUGUCCAGCCGGCGAUGAUGCUGAUCCGUGUCUUCAUUCUCAGAACCAGAAUAAAGAGAUUUAAUAGGGAGACAGUGGGGAGACGGGGGCGGCCGGCACAGUCAAUGAAGAGCGGAUGAAAAUAUUAAAUUGAUAGAGAGACAGAGAUAGAAAGACAACGAGAGAAGUGAGGAAAAUGGAGAGGGAGGGAGGGAGAGACGAGAGCUAGAAUAGUAAGAGAGUAGAUUAUAGGGCUUCCAAGCAGGACUGGAAGCCAGACUUGGCUGCACUUCAGCUACACUCUGCACACUUCAGCUCAAGUGUGCGUCCAUUAGUGCACUCCCAUUGCACUCAGGAAGCUGUGCACUCUGAGAUGCAACACACAUGCAUACGCACACACACACACACACACACACACUGAGAAUACCAUACAUACUGUUCAUGCAUGCAAAGCCCCACAGACACACGGUAUGGUUAGCUCACUGUAUAACCCUGUCUUCACGCACUUUUACCCCACAAAUGCUACACUGACCCAGUCAUGCCCUGUCUCUCAGUACCUCUCGCCGUCUCACACACACUCACACACACACACACACGUGCACAAUCACAAUCUCCUCACUAGCUACCAGAUUGCUUCCCGUCAAAAUAAAUAAUUAAAUGAGCGCAAUAACAGCUUCUGAAAAAAGAUCCCUCAAUUAGCGCAAAAUGGGUAAAUGGCGCGGAGUAGGGGCUGCGGCUGGGGGAGUGGUAUUUCGGGAACACACACAUACACAUUCACACACACACACACACACAAUCUAUUACAUAAGGAAUGGCAUUCGCCAAGAAGGUUUCUAACGCAGUUGUGCAACCGUAAUUUACCCCCCACCCCCCCAUCCCCCCAGUCGUCAGCAAUCAGCUUAGAGACGUCUUUUCUCAAAUCCUCACAAGUGAUCUGUGCCCGAGGAGCGGCCCGGGAGAGAUCUAGAUGAGUGUGGAAGAGGUGCAAGAGGUUCAGCGGAGGGAAUGCAUCUGGGGUCAGGGCUGUGCAUGUGUGAAUCAUUGUGUGUGUGUGUGUGUGUGUGUGAGUGUGUUAAGGGAGCUGUCUUUGUAUAUUUCCAGAGCUGUGUGUCUGGAAUGGUGAUUAGGAAAAGGUUGCAAUUCAUCCAAGAGAAAUAGUGAGUGCAAGAGAGAGAGAGAGCAGAGAGAGAGAGAGGCAGUAUACAGGGCUCGCUCGAGGUUCCUCUUCAUCUCUGUUUGUGGUUUAGGAUGUGUGUUAGAGGUGUGACUUUGCAUGCCCAUGAUGACAGAGCAGGAACUGAUGGAUAGGUGUCAGGAAUCAGGAGGGUUUGAUCGUGAUCUGCUGAAAAUGUUGAAUAUCAGGGCAAGUCAGAUUUUAAAAGAACUUCAACUCAUUUCUAUUUUUAAUCAUGCUUAGUCUAUAGAUUAUUUUAUUUGACGGAUUAGUUGUAAAUCCCUAAAAACAUUGAAAAAAACAGCCAUAAAAGCCAGCCGCAGAGCUCUCACACUGGUCAUUAUUAAAUUGCCUAUUUUGUCUGAUUUCAAUUUACAGAUUGCAUUAAGUGAAGGAUAAUAAGUGCAAAUCCUCAGAAGGAAUAAACACGCAUUGUUAUUCACUAUCAGUUGCCAAAAAUGUUGCUUGGCAGUGAGAUUUGUAACCUUACAGUGUGUGGGAUGAAAUCCUUACUGAACCUUUAAAAGCUAUGAACUGCUUGAAAUCCGUUUUUUCAAAGUUCUGUAACUAAGUCGUUUAAAGAAGCCAAAAUCACCAUAACAGUCGGUGUGCGUUUUGUAAAAGCGAUACUUGAUGAUACAACAUGUAGAAAUGGGAAUAUUCAGUGAGCUCUGUGGUCGUUACUAUGGUUUUUUUCUUGGAUAGACACAUCAAGGGUGCAAGGUGGUGUAAGGGGACCUGAUCCUAUGUAGAUACAAAAGACUGACAAAAACUGAAAGAUUUUAAUUUAUUGAUUAAAACAUACUUAAUAAUGUUACAUUCCAUUUCUACUAAGCUUCAGGUAGAGAUUAAACAAAAUUAUUACAAUAGUUGAGAAAUAAAUUUACACCGAUCGGUACUCUCUCUGCUGUUUUUAUUCCCACUAAUUCUGCCAUUUUAAAGGUGAUCCAGGAGACCAGAGUCAGCAUACAUGCAAAUAAAAGGAUCAACUACAGUAACAUUUUAAUUUUAACAUGCUGACAGAUUUUUUUAAUGUGGACAUAGUCUCUGCAAGUCACUCACUGGUUUCUGUAGAAGCGUCGUAUUUGUAAUUCUGACUCCAACAAACUUUGAUGACACUGAGCGUGUGCGCUGGUUCAAUUAGCGCUACACUUUUGAUGACUCUUGUUUUGACCCAUCAGAGGCGUGUCUGAAAUGUGGAAUAGUGAAACACUUUUGGGACGGAUCUAAAAUGUGCUGCAUUGCUGCCUGUGCCUGAAUUUUGUUGUGAAGAACGGGCAUUUCACAUUGACUGUAUAUACUAUGGCAACUUGGUUCCGUCUUCCACCAGUUUACGGAUUUGAAGCUGAAAAUCUAUCGGUAUUUUCACAAUUUUUCUCCAUUUCCUGAAACCAACAUUGCGCAGUAUCGUUGUACGCACUUCACCACUUGCGCAGUUGCAUUGUACACAUUUGGCGAGAGAGUCGCUGUGAUGACGCUCGGUUCAAACAGCGUAUCCCUCAGGUGAGCUACGCAAUCUUCAUAGUGUCAAUCAUCGAAAACAUGAACAAACCAGUCUUCCAAUAACUACAAGUCAACAUCACAAUCAAUUUCUAAAGUUUGUCCACAACUCCAUAAGCUUUGCUGGAGGAGGCGGGAUUUGUGACCUAUACUGCAGCCCGUCACCAGAGGGCGCUGUUCUCGGAGUGGCUUCACCCAGCGAGGAGGCAGACGGCGUCCAUUCCAUAGACAGUCCUUGGUAUUUCAGCAUGAAUCUUGAGGUUCUUUCUUCAGCUGUAGGAGCUGGCCUUAAAUGGACACUUUUUUUGGACUUGUGCAUCACCUUCAUUUUGACCAAAGGUCACCUCUUGAUUACUUAAAGCAUUAUUGGCCAAUUUUCUGUGAUCAUAAUAUCUGCUCAUUGGUUAUGCAACAAUUUUUCUUCUGAGUCAGCUCUCAAGAAAAAGGCAAUCAAGACCAAUGCACCACUUUUUAAAAAGGCAGAAGCCUCUGUGGCCUUGUUUGCCUUGUCGCUGUCAUACAGACUUCACUAUAGUUGAUUGGUCACAUGUUCCCAUGCAUAUGCUCACAUGCCACUUUCGUUUUUGCCUCCUCGCCAUCCGCAAACCUUCAAUCUUCUGUCAGCGCUGGCACCAGGCCAGAUUGCGCUGUUGUCAUCAGCAGGGCUAUAAUGCUAAACUACACUCACAGCAGGUGCCAAAACUCAGCUCGCAAAUGUUUCACUGGGACAAAUGUAUUACAGAAUUGGCCUAAUCUGUGUGUGAUGAAUGCUGCUACAGCGCUGCAAACAGAUGGAUCCCUGAACUUGGAAAACCUUUUUCUGAGUAAGCAAACUAGGGAAGAUUUAGCACUUGUGCUAACACAGCUAGCUUUGUAGAAGCUGUUCUGUUUGUUAAAUGUCAGGCAUGUUGAUUCUGGUAUUCAGCAUAGGGCAUCACAGCACAGGUCACAGACCUGCAGGGAUGGAUGGAGAUCAGAGGGAUCACUCUGACGAAAGAGAGUGAAGAGGGGGACGGAGGAGGAGGAGGAGGAGUGGUGCACGAAUAGUAGCGGAUGUGAAGCAUACUGACACACAAAGUGACACAUGAGUGGAUGCAUUGAUAGGUAAAUGUACAAGUGAACGAGCGGGUGUUUGAAGAAGCUGAAGGCUCGCACGGAUGAGGAUGAUGUGAGAAGGGAGCGAAGUGAAAGGAGCUGAUGCCCCACAUGUGUAAAACACUUGUUUCACCUUGCUGCAGUUAAGAGUAGGUCAACUAUGCUCCGUUCAAGAAGAAGGAGAAGAGCUGUGCAAUGCAGAGUGGGUGAAAAUGGGAGCAAUGGGCUGGAGUGGAGAGAUGCAAGCGAAGAAAGAGAAGCAGGACGGAUAAAUCUGGAGCUGAGGAAAUGAAAAGCUGCAAUGCACCGUGCUUAAGUGAGGGCACGGCUCGAGAGAUAUGGGGACGGACAGAGAGGGUCAAUCAGAGAUGCAAGGCGAAAAGGGAGAGAGAUGGAUAGAUGGAGGGAGUGUGACAGAGGGGAGAAAAAUGACAGAGGAGGGGGUCUUCGAUGUGGGGCGAUUGCGUGACUGAGAGGAAAGUGCACUGCUGUGUGUGUAAUGCUCUCAAGACGGAUAUUAAGACGCACUGCCCCGACUCGCACAGUCAGUGCCCCUCUCUCCCCUUUACUCCUUUACCCUCCUCCAUUCUGCUCCCUCUCUCGCUCCCUCCGUGUCCACUAAUGAUCCCCGCGUCCUGCCACACUGCCAGGCUGAGUGAUGCCCACUGACAGCAGCAUUCAGGCGGAAACGCUGCAGCCCCCCUUCCAGGAGUGCUGUGACACACACACACACACACACAUAACCACACACAUACACCCAUGAUAUACAGAGGUGUAGCACUUUCUCACAUACAUGUAUCAGCUCAUGCAAAGCUGCUGACAGAUGUGUAUUUGUGUGUGUGUAUAUGUGUGAGUAUGUGACCAUCACCCCUCUCUGCACACACACACACACACACACACACUCGCAGCACCCAUCAGUGGCGCUCAGUCACGCACAUACUGUAAAUAUGCCUCCAUCCAGCCGCAUCUGUCUUCAGGAAUUUUGAUGUGAUGGAUAGAUGUGGGCCAUGGAGGUAAUCACAAGGUGCAGCCGGCUCAGUAAUGAUCCUACCAGUCUCUCUCUCUCUUUUUUUUUUGACCUAUGAGCUUGAUGACGAAUGGAUUUGUAAAGGUGGACAUGCAAAAACGAGGAAAAAAAGAUAAAAUAUGAUUGAUAUGGAAAGAAACGGUGCCACUAGGAUAAAACUGUGUCUCAGCACUCGCGGUAUACCGCAGUAACAUCGCGAAUGACUGAAUUGUAAUACUGAAUAUGUAAUCCACUUUAUUUUGCAAUUUAAAUGACACAUUAGAGCAAAAUAGUGCUAAAUGCAUGAAGUGUUCUGAAGUAAGUAAAGUGAAAUACAGAAUCUCUCUUGACCCCGACCUUUUAAAGUACAGUGAGCAUCGAAAAUGCAGUUCCUUCUCAAAGGUUAAUUCCCCUCUCAGUACCUCCACUGGUUUUCCUUUUUUUUAUUCCUAGAGUGAGCAGUGAGUCAAGGCAGGACAAUAGCCUGUGGCUCUGCCGGUUUGCAUGGGAGCAUCCCUAUUUGGUUGGCAUUUGUAGGCAAGAAAUAGAAGGAUGUAGAGGUAGUAAAUCCUCCUUUUACAAUAAAUACAAGCUUCUUUUUACAUUAUUGCCUCUGACGGAUCAUAAACUAUAAAACUGAAACACAAAUAUCCGGGCACGAAUCUUGAAUGCAUUACUUGCACACUUCUUGAAGGAGUUGUUAAAUCAGACUGGGAAGUUUAAGGCAACAGAUUUAGUGUCCUUGCAUGAAUUAAAACGUGAGUUAAAUUGCCAUUUUUGCAGCUUUUGCUAAAAGUUUUAUCAGCAGUAUGUUAAACAGUUGCUGUAAAUCCACUAUAAGUGAGCCGCUAACCACAGUGCAAUAGAGUCGUCUGCAGGUAGAGUUGAAUCAUUGAAUUGGAGGCACUUGAACCACUUUGUCCCUUUUUUCAUUAUUAUUAUUAUUAUUUUUAUCUCAACCUCCUCUGGCUCAUCCCUGUCCCCUUCAUAUGCAACUAAUUUGCAAAGGCAGUAAAGUAAACUCUUGUCCUGCUCGUGCAUAGUGCUGAGUCUUACAUUUCAUAUAAAGAAAUUUAUCCUAAACUGGCAGUGCUUGAAUAUGCAACUUUCUCAUAGGCUGUUAAUUUUCAUUAAAAAAAAAAAAGCUUCCCAUCAUUUUCCCUCCAUCCAAUCUUUUUCCAUUCCCAUAUUUUCCCGCCAUAAUCCAACCGAUCCAAGCGGAGGCCCCGAUCCCGACAGUCGAGGAGAGGUUAGGAAUUAGGUCACAGCAUCUCACUCCUCUAAUUAGAUGCUGAGAGUGUAUGAAUGUCUGUGCAUGUGUGUGUCUGUAUGUGCGUCCAUACGCUGGAUGCCCUUAAUCCUUAGGUGGCCUCUAUGGUAAUGGAGUCUUGGGAAGAUGUGGUUAACCCUCAUUUCCCGUUUCUCUGCACAUGUUUUAAAAUGUCUCUGACGUCAGUGCAUGUAACGAUGCUGAGGGGAAUUGUCAGAGAUGAAAAUACUGAGGAAAAAAAAAACUGUUUCCCAGGGGUGAGAGAACAGGUCAGAUUCAGCCAUAAAAGAUGCAUGUGAAGCAUUAACAUUCCCAAAGAACAAGCUCCAGUCGAGUGGGCGCUUUGGCCUACAUGCCCUGGGUUACGGGAAGGUUAGGAUAGAGUUAGAAUUCAACCCCCUGACUGAGAUGUAACUUUAACUCCUCUGUGGAAGUAAAUGGCAUUUAAGGGGGGGAAGAGCUCUUCACCUCGAGCCCCACGGAUUUGCUCUUCUCUCUUUCUGAGCUGUUUCCAUGCAGGGGUCCAGGAAAGACAUACCUGCCUCUGCAGUUUUAAUGUCUACUUUUUGUUUAUCUCAGGAUGAGUGCGUUGGUUAACAUUACAGCAGAAUUGACAUGCUCAUAAAAAGCCUGCGUGAGUCAUUUCGAGGGUUUUAUACCCUGAAAUCUAUUGUACGCCGGCUCAGUGGGAUGUGAGCAAAGGGCACGAGGGUAAACACUCGGCCUGCAGUGGGGGGAGAGGGGAUGAGGAUGGGGGAUCAUAGAGAAUUUUUUUAUUAACGUGUGUGUGUGGAGGCAUGCAAGCUUGGGCCUGAGAGAGAGUGUGUGUGUGUGCAGGAGAGGGAGUAAAGAAAGAGAGAGUAGAGAGAAGCUAGUCUUAAUUAAGUUUUCAGGAGGCUCUUAAAAGGUCAUGGCACGCCUCUGCAGCCCCUCACCACCACCACCACCACGCCCCGCCGAAAUUUCACUUUCCCCCCUUCUUCUCCCUCCCUCCCGCCCUCCUCUCCUCCCCCUCCCUCACCUCCCCAGUUGCGAUCUAUCCAGUCAUCAGCCCCCCAUCUGUGCACAUUAGCCAUUCAUGAACACACUCAUUAGGGUGGGAGUUUGAAGCGAUUGUGUUCACUAGUCUGCGGCUGGAGCGUGGCGAUUAAUAUUUCAGCGUCUCCCGUCGAGGAGCUGAGAGCAAGUUUGGCCCUCUUAGGCUGGGAAGAGCGAGCGAGCGAGAGAGAUAGAAAGAGAGAGGGAGCGAGGGAGUGUAUCAACACUCCCUUUCUCCCCAACAAAUCCUCCCUCUCCUCCCCCUCGGCCCCUCUCAAACAACAACUUACACUACGUUGCCCCCCUAUUUCCAUUUAUUGCGUACACACUCACGGUUUGGAUGCACCCUUUUGCCCACACACACCCAAGACCCUAACUCAAACUGACUUAAUUGGGCUCUUUUUGUUUCAGGAAAUGCAGAGAGGAGGGGGUAAAUCCUGUCUUUUCUUGUCCCCCCCGUCUCCUCAUUCGUCUCAGUUGGUUAGAAGUGUCUUUUUCUCUCACCAUUCUUCAUUUUCUCUCCUUACAAGCGUUGAGUUGUUCCAGCUCGGGUCUGGGUUUGAGAGGUUGAGGUGGGUGGUAUCCUUAAUUCUUUGUAGCCACACAGCGUUCAUUCAGACUGAAUCAAUAAUCCCCUUCAUUCGUACGAUACACCGCUGUUUGGAAUUUGAGGUGAACAGGAGCAUCACAGGUUAUCAGGCAGUCAAUAUUUGAAGCAGCGCACCUGAAUACAGAAAUCACUUUGACCCAACAGUUGAGAUCAUGUUCUUGAUUUCUCAAGCAUACUUCUCCUGGGGUCAUGUCCAGAGUGAUGUGGAUUGAUUUUGAAACAUUUUUCUCUCUGCAUUGAGGCAGAACUUUUGGCCAAAAAAAAAGAAAAAAAAAGUUUAUCUGGUUUUGUUUAUAAGCAGAUUUUUUCAUUUGGUCUCAUCAAUUUUAUUUCUACGUCCUUUGUUAUAAAUCCUUUGUUGUCCUCUCUGUGUACAGCAGGCAAAACUCCAGUUUUGAGGAGUAGUUGAAGUGAUUUCAAUAUGAGAAAUUACACUUUUAGCAGUUUUGUAAGGCCCCAGCACAUGUAUAAAAUUAUCUCUAAAUGACAUUGUUGCGCAGAAGUCAGACCAAGUUAGAUUCUUCUCAAUAAUCGAAGUUCAUGGUGACGUUCUUGAGUAUGAGUAAUUCCAGCUUCAUUUUUUACUUUUUUUUUUGCUUCUGACUUUUAUCCCAAUAAGUUCAAUAAAAAAAGCAGCAGAGUUAAAAAUCGUUUGCAGAGACAAAAGCUUAAAAACUGUCCUUUAAUUCUUUACUUUUUUUGCAAAAGCUCAAAAACGUGUCCAAGCGGUACACAAGUGUUUUUGACAGCUUCAAUUACAGGUUGCAUAUAAAGCCAUCAAUCAUAAUUAAAUCAUAGCUUGACAGUCUGACAACAGACACUUAAAAAUAUCAAUGUGACAACAUCUUUGCUGCAUGUUUUGGUACAGUAAAAAAAACACAAAUGGAAGUACCAAAACUCUAAGCUCUAUCCUCCUGGCACCUGUGUACCUGAGCUUUCACGCUGGACCUCAAGAGGGCUUACAGGUCCUGUGAGGAACUCUUUGUUUGUGUCCAUUUAAACAGAGUCCUUUAUUCUGGCGUUCAUUUUGUUCUUAAAAAAUUGUGAAGACAAAUGCUCUUCAGCAACCAGAUUUUUGGAGUCGACAAGACAAAGACAAUUCAGGUUGUUUUCAUUGAUGAGACGUUGACAGGAGAAAGAAGUCAAAAUCCAUAAUACUACCUACCUAUCCUUCACUCAAAAUACAAGCACGCUAUUUCUGUAACAGGUUGAAAGAUGCGGUCUAAUACUACAGCUUAAAAAAAGUACAAAUCUUCACUGCCUUCAUUCAUCUCUCUCACUUUCAUUCACAAACUUGUCCCGAAGCAUGUCAGUGAUGAAGACAAAACCAGCCGCUGAGGAAACAUCGGGUUAAAAUUUUAUAUUUAUAAUUUAUGUUAUUAUUGGAAGUAGGACUGUUAUGUUAUUUUUUAAAUAUCAACAAUGAAUGAAUAUGGAACAUGACAUGAAGAUGUUGCGGAGCUUGGAUUAGUUACGUCUAACAUCUCACAAUUUCUGAACCUGCCGUCUGGGUCUGCCAGAGAUUCACAGCAAUUUGAAUGAAAAAAUACUCAGAAAAGCAGUUUCGCAUUUAGUUUUCUCAUGAUAUGUCCUGUAGCAUCAGACAAAAUGCCAUAUGAACAUAUAAAAAACAAGAAAAACAUGAUUUUCAUUGGAGUGGGUCUUUAAAGGGCCAGCUGAAAAAAUUGAUUGACCCCAUAUAAGGAGGCACCACGGAUGAGCACACCUCCUCAUAUGGGGAUGUAAAGACAGCUCUUAGUAUUGGGACCGUCUGCUCAGGAAUGAUAGGGAACUCAUUAUAGUUAUAAACUUUCCCUUCAAAGUUCGAAUAAGGGUUGCAAUUUCAGAUAAAAGGCGACAGCUUAAAGAAGUAGCUCUAUGAUAUAACCCCGAUUUAUCCUUAUUAGGACAUGUCUAUGUUUAAACAGAUGCUUUGUAGUUAAGAUCAACUUUAAAUCAUCAAAGAUAAGGAUGCAGCUGAGAGCGCGUGUCUGUCCGAUGUGCCUGCGCAGGGGUGUUUCUUGGACUUGAGGACAUGGGCUCUAGUCUAGAAGCCCCCACCAUACAAAAAGAGGAAGUCAUAAAGAAUAAAUAUAGCCAUAGUGGCUCAUAGAAAAAGAUGUUUUGGAGUUUUCAUGAGGAGUGAGGCUCAUCACCUUCGCUUGUCAGUAGAGGCAGCAGCACAGCAACAUUGCAUUGGUGGGAGAGAUUGAACUAAUUCAUCCAAUAAGAUGAAUGAUCCAAAUAUUAUAAAUGCAGGAGUGUAAAUACAGAAACACUACAGUGUUGAUUUUAACAUUUUCUACAACCUUGGUACCAAUUUUGGAUCAGGUAAUUAAAUUAGUUUGAAGACAAAAUGUUUUGAUUGAAAGUAAUGAAGAUAAAAAAAUGACCUUUAUUGACUGUAACUACACUCAGAUGUUUUGACUAUUUAUUGACUAAAACCAGAGUUAAAUUCUGAAGGGCAAAAAAGACUAAAAUAUCACUAAAAUGAAAUGAAAAGGCAUUUUCAUCCAAGACUCAAAUUAAGUUAGCUGUCAAAGAAAAAAAAAAAAAAAUCCCUAACGGUGAAUGUUUGCAGUGGAAAAAGCAGAAAAAGGAUAUCAUUAGUGUGUUGUUGAUCAUCUGGUUGAGAUUCACCCGCUUGUAAUAGUUACAAAUAUAAAAAUUCAAGUUAUAGAAAUUGGCAAUCUUGUUGCAGUUGGUUGUUUUCUUACGUAAUUCACAAAAAGCACCUCUGUAAAUUUCAGUCUGUUUCACAACCAGCUACAAACCUCUCACAGGAGCUUCAAUAUUGGUGUCCCAGUGGGUGAUUUUACAUCAGGUUACGGCGUUGCAAAAGCACGAAAGAUGUGACGAAAGCACAAAAGCCUCGCAGGAACACACGCUCGCACAGCCGUGGACCGUCCAUUCAGCUCCUCCAUGUAGAGACACUUUUCAAUCUUCUGUUAGGUCUUUGCCACAACUACACUUCCCUGAUGUUUACAUCGACAGGGUGAUGUCUAAGUUAUGUCUUGAAUAGACAAUGUGAAGGAACUACCGCCAGAACAUGCUAGAAGGACAUUACCCUGCUUGCUUUAUGUGCUGUCUUCAAUGUGCAUAGAAAACUUUAGGGGACGUUAUAAAAACAACCCUUUUUAUCAUAGAUACGGCAAAGGUGAAAGAUAUCAUCCAAAAUGGUAGAACGGUUUCCUUUGUACUGUUGCAGGAUAUGCAGUAGAGUGGCGAAGGUACGAGUACAAUAUGUUGUGUUUGACUUUUCAGUGCUAUCUCAUGGUUUCAAGGGUAGGUGCUGUUGCUGAGGGUCAAGGCUGGUAAAAGAAGAGGCACAGUUAGAGAGAAAAUGGGCCCUAUACAGCUUUUAAAUACACAAGCGUCUGUAAUACACAUCCCUAUAACUCUCUAACAAGCCCCUCUCUAACUCUUCUUUGUUCCCCCAUCCUCUUUUUGUCCCUCACCUACCUCUACCCUCUCAGCCCCUCCCUCAGUAUAUACAAUCUAGACUCCCUCCAAACUCCCUGCUUUUUAUUCUAAGCAUGCCAUUCUCCAUCUUCUUCUCCAUAUAGGUGUGCAAAUAAGUGGGAGUGUAUGGGCUGUGCGUGUGUAAGUGGAAGUCUGCAGCCUGAAGUGUUGCAGGAAUUCACGGGGAGCGGCGGUUGGUGUGGCGCGCCUUGACGGCUAAUGAAGUUCCUCUGCACCUCAUAGCCCUAUUAAACCGCUGCCCCCUACCUCUACCCACUUCACCCCCCACCUCUUGCCUUGUUUCUCCCCGAGGGAGAGAGUUGGCAGGGAGCGAGCUGGCUGCUAUGGCAACAACAAGGAACCCUCCCUCUCCCACAGGUCUCCUUAGCAACUGGUAGCUUGGCAUUGCGGUAAUGAGCGUGCCCGGUGUGCCAGGCUUUGUGUCAUAUUGGCAUGUGUGUGUGCAGUGUACGAAAGGGAGAGUGUGUGUGCAAAGGUGUGUGAGUGUUUGGGCAUGGAAGUGUGGUUGUUAGUUACAGUUUGCCAAUUUAGGUGAGAGUUAAAAUGUGUGAUUACAAAGAGAUGUGGAGCCUUUACCUGGUAAUGGUCCAAAAUUUUUUGAAGCUCAUUUUAUUAAAAUGCAACCAAAUUGGCACUUGACUGACUCUACUUCUUGUCUCUGUCUCCGGGUAUGUGUGUGUGUGUGUGUGCUUUUGUGAUCGGCGGAUGUUUGUGUGUGUCGUUCCGUGUGUUGGUGCAUUAUUUUUUUCCUUCUCUGUGAUUGCGGUCAUUCCUCUCUGUACUGUAAAAAUUGAAGCAAUUAAAAAGAUGAUCGGAUGAAUUUUGCAUGCCGUGAGCAUGGCUGCCUAAGAGUUUCCUGCUCUGCUGAAAUUAAAUUAAACGCCGAGAAUGAUGUUUAUUAAAGUGUGAUCAGAGGUGUGCACUGACCUUUAGAAUGUGGGAAAUGAGAUUCUCAUUGUUAUGAAUGAGAUUAUGUGGAGGCUGAGUGUGAAAAAAAAAAAGCUCAGGCCUGCAUUGAUUCCAUUGUUGGCCCACAGUUUCUUUGUAUAUAGCAGAGGGAGGUUUCAAUAUAAUCAAAUCCACACUGUGCCUGUUGGCUAUUAAAUGGACUGAUACACAAAUAUAGACACACAGGCACUCACAUUAAUGCAGAUUGACUUGAGCACACAUGCGUAUCUUGCCGAUCUCGUAAAAAGAGCUGUAAAAGCCUCUCCAGAAACGUGUUGGUCUUUAACAAAAGCAUGGCAAGCCCAGUGGAAAAUGUUAGUUUGCUCCCUAGACGAGGUGUGAAGUGCGAGCAGGCGGCCGGCCCCACAGGUGGCCCAGCCCAAACACCUGUUGUGUGAAUUCUCUGUGGGAGUGUGUGAGCACUGCCUACCUUGCGGGUCUCAGUAGAAAGAAAAAAAAAAAAGAAACCACACCCAGGCUAUACUGUCACACGUGCUCAUUCAUGUGGCCACAGCAACUUUGAGGCUCCCUCGUUUUGUGCGUGGGAGUCAGACGUGAUGCCCAGAUUGUGUCCCCCUUUGUGCCCACCGGAAACACUCAGCUGUCCCUGGCAUCGAGUGAGCGGAUUUUCCGAUCCCCUGUCCGGGUCUCAGAUGCUCAACUAAUCUGUCAGCAUCUAUUUUUACUCACCAAAGCCGUGGCAAGCCUUUCCCUACCCCACACCCUGCAACCCUGAUGCCAAACCUUCCCUUGGCGCCAGGGUGGGCACGGCUGAUGACUCGCCAGCCAUUGGAUGCAAUUAGUGCACAGUCAGGCAGGAAUCCCCUACCAACUCCAUUACACCCCUCUCCACAGCCACUUCCUGAUCUAAGGCUACCAGACACACUGUCACACACUUGCUUUCCAUUUUAAGCCUUUUUAUAAAUGGCACUCCUGCAGCGUUGUGGAAUAAUAGGGUUGAAUUCAGAGCACCUUUCACAGUGCUUGAAUCACUCUACUGUGCAAACUCGGUCUAUUUGAGUACAAUGGCAGCCAAGGGAAUGCACAUCUGAAUUGCACCUGUUCAUGUUUGGCAUUGAGAUUAAGUGAGAGUUAUGUCUGUAAUAGGACAACUAUUGGUGAAAAGCCCUCUAGAAAGAAACUCAGGCCCACUUCAGCCUUUUCUAUAAUGAACCUAUAGGAAACUCUGAAGUUUGGCCUUUUUCUUCCAAAGCAUAUUUAUUUGAAAAGAAAUUACAAAUGCUGCCAAUCCUCAGAGACCCCACAGUGAUACACUGAGAUAGAUGCAUUUCCUAAUCCCAGGUUUAUUUCCUCCCCAACAAGGGCUGCAAUGUGCCUCGCAUGCCAAUGCAGUCGUGACCACUGCUGUGGAGGCGAUGAUGGCAUGUGGCAGAGAAGUAACUGUUUCUCACCUCCUAAUAAAAGAGAGUCCUUUUUAAUCUUUUCAAUUUGAUUGCAUUCCAAAAACAGGCCUGUCUGCCCAUCUGUCUCUCUUAAAGAAGCCUCCUAAAGGGAUUUUAAUCAUCUGACUCUCAGCUUCUCAGGCAAAUAGCUACAUCUCUCUCUCUCUCUCUCUCUCUCUCUUUCUCUCUCUCUAUCUCCCUCACACACACAUGCAUACCUCCCUCCUUUCCUUUCUGUUUCACACAUACACACACAAACAAUUUCCAAUGUCUUCCUUGUACUCACUGUCAUGGUCUCACUUGUCUUCCCUCGCUCUCUGAUACAGCAGAUCGUCUUAGUUCUAUUGUGCCAUAUCUGUGCAACCAUUAGGCCCUUCAGUCCCUCUUCAAGGCCCCCUCAGACACAUAAAAUUCCCCCUACCCUGUCCCCAUUAAUCCACAUGGCUCUAAAUUCUUUAUUUCCCUUCAAAGGGACAACGCGAGCCGUGACAUCAAUCAUGGAAAGCGAAUAUUUAGCCGGCGCUAAUUUCCACCAAUAGCCUGGAGACAGGCUUAGCUGACAAAACUCAUUCCUGUGCUGAACAAAACUGCUUGUGUUGAAACCUCCCCUCCCCCUGAUCCCUCCUGCCUUCUGCACAGGCAAAAACAGCAUCACAAUAAACACAUCUAGUGCUUCUGUUACUCCCCCUUGAUUCAGGCUUAUCAAAUGAAUGUGUACCAUAGAGGGAUACCCUUUGACAAUACAUAAUGGCUCCAUUCUGCAUGAAAUGGUUUGGUAAUACCAGUCGAGUGUGGCAAACGGCUUUACCCGGUGCCACUACAAGAACAGCUGCUGUGUUCUUAGCUGGGCAAGCGCACCACGCUGCUUCACCCUUGAGGUUGUUUGAAUCGGGUGAGUGGUUUCUUUUUUGCUGGUUCCCAGACCCCACUCACAGUCCUUAGUUCCUCACUCAGUUCUGUUUGAAUGAGUGCGCAUUCGCCACAAGAUGGGUCCUAUAAACCGUUUGACCUGUUUCCUCGCCCCUGAGUGUGUGUGUGUGUGUGUGUGUGUGUGUGUGUGUGGGUGUGUGUGUGUGUGUGUGUGUGUGUGUGUGUGUGUGUGUGUGUGUGUGUGUGUGUGUGGGUGUGUGAGCGGGAAAAACCCUGAGUGGGUUCUGAUGGGGAGACUAAUGGAGGGGGAUGGGGUUAGUGUGGGGCAUUUUGAGGGCACCCCUUUGUGUCGCUUGGAGGGGCCCCUUGCGGUACCUCUACAUUCCCACCCCUUACGCCCAGGCCCCUCCACCUCCUGCUGUACCUCCCACCACAGCUGCCUCCUAUGCCAGUCAGUAAGGUUAUCCCAGAUGAACCAUUGGACCCAACAUAACAACCCCGACCCCAUUCUACAUCUAGCCCCAAUGCCCCUGUCUGGCUUUCAUCGUGGAAGAGGCCAAAGGUGGACGUGUUGGGCUAACUCCUAAGUCUGUGGUUGACAUUAUAGUGCAAUCAGUGGGGUUACUGUAUAUUCAGCACCCAUAUUGGCAUCAUAAUGCAGGUGGAUCUUGUAGUUAGUCAGACCUUGAUGUGUGCUAAGCCUCAGCACUGAUAGCCAUUAAACUUCAUUGAUUCCCAACGCUAAAUAGGCUUGUCUAGUCUCUGAAUCCAACAAAGCUUCAGAGUGAAGGGGAACAGUAGAGCGAUUGAUCAGCAUUGUAUGUUUUCCCAGAGCCAAAUGAAUGGUUCUUAAGAGGUUAUUUAUGGAUGAAUACCAGGAACCUCUUUCUGCUAUCAACAAAUAAUCUCCUGGAUCAGAGUCAAACAAGAUUUUUCUUAUAAUUUGAACACCUUAUUUCUUGUAAUUGAGGGGGGAAAAAAACAUGUUAUCCACCCGGGUGUUCUGGAUAGAGUGUCAGCAUGUCAGAUUUGCUCAAAAAGAGCCUAAGCUGCUAAUCUGAGGACAAAGAGGACUAAACUGAGGCUUGGUAUCUAUUGUCUACACAUCUAAAUCAGCUAUCAGGAUUUUCUGGCUUUAACGAGAGUUGAACCUAAGCUGAUUGUUUCCCUUCAACCAAAAGAACCUUGUUCAUCCUAAUUGGCUUUGAUUGGUCCAUAAACUACGACCCUUAUCCUCUUUUUCUUUUUGGCCAAAUUAACCCCUUUUAGUCUGAUUUGUGUUGCAGACCGAGGAUGAAGGUGGGUGUCUCUGAUAACAAAACACAGAAGUCACACAGGUACUUAUGACUGUAUUUUCUUUUCAGAAUUAUUGAACCAGGCAGUGCAUCUCUCUGCAUAAGCCCAGCCACGGCUUCAUUCAUUAUUUAGAGCCCUCUCCACUAGGCCCAUUGUAUUAAAGGGGUAUGAUUUGAAUAGGAAGUAGCUUCCUGGACCCAGGCGUGUGAUGUGUGUGUUCCUCUCUGUCAUUGUAUGUUUCUGUGGGCUUCAUCCGUCUGCCUCGGCAAGCCAGGGGGCUGAAAGAGAAUUUCCAUUUUAUGAAUAUUUAAUACAUAAUAAAGUUUUCAAUUUUAUUCUACUCAACCCGUAGGAGUAAAAAUGUGGCAAAGCCAACCCUCAAGGACAGAACAAAGAGUAAAGGUAGUUCAUUCAUUGGAGGCAUCAGAACUCUGGUUAACAUCAGUUUAUGGCCCGAGAAAUCAUCCAUUAAAAUGCAUAAAAUAUAAAUAAUGUUUAACACCGCAUCCUGUAAAGGCUUCAUAGUUUCCCUGGUUCCUAUAGUGCAAACUUCCUCUUUGCUUCAGCGCUAUGGAUCAUAGUAUAUCCGGACAGCCUGCUGUGUCCAUGGUGACCUGGCAUGGCACUGUGUGAGACACCCAGCUGGGAGUGCCCCUGAAUCAACUUGGGAUUAGCCCAGGAUUGUCUGGGAUUACUCGGGGAUGGAGAGGGAUUAGCAGUGACUGCUUGUUUCGGGGGCAUGAGGGCCAUAGGCUGGCCAAAUUGCCCCUGACUCAACUCAGGGAACAGGAGGCAAACAGAGCCACACCCACGGUACAACCACCUGCAACCUGAGCUAUUCUUAGAUUUUAAACACACACGCUCAAGCAUAAGUAAACAGGACCACAGAGAAAAACGCGGCAAAGGCUCCGUAAUGGGACGAUCAGCUCGUCGUGAUGAUAAUGACGCCGCGGCUGGCCACCAUCUGAAAUCUCUCAAAUCUCCCUAGCAGGUGGAUUCAUCAGAUAAAGAGGGUUUGGGAUGAUGACAAAUCCCCUCAAGUUCAAUGGGGCUGCUCUUCCCUCAUACGGAGAUAAAAUCAUGAUUUGAAUCAGACAGGUCACACAGAGUUGCGGCAGGAAGUGGUUGAGCUCCCAGAGAGAUGCCCCAUUUUCAACUGGCAUUGGUGGAUGGCAUGAAAGCUUACAUAUGUUUUUAAUUCAGGCGUGCACGGGACUUGAUGGGGAUGAUUCGAAGUGGUAUGUUAGGUGGAUGAUCCAGCCAGGGUUAGACAGGGAGUUGGCGCGGCACGUAGAGGAGCCGUCAGAAGCAGGGAGCGGGCAUCCCCUGCGGACCUGCACUGCCGAGAUGAAAGGCUGUUUAGUGUUGGAGCAGCAGCAUCAAACAACCGCCUCCUCUUGCAUCCUUUCCCCCAUCCCCCUCUCUCCCUCAAUCUCUCACUCUCUUGACUCUCACCACAAUAUGAUAUAGUUCUGCUGUUGCACGUUUACCCGGUUGUCAUGGUUACCCAAUGCUGGCGGUGUCACAGCGAGAUAACCCAAGGAGGCAUUCACAGAUCACCUGAAUUCAGUCCGCCUUCCAUUUAUGUGUUCUCUGCCGCAAUUUGAUUUAUUUGUUUCCCUGCCGUGCAAUUCAAUGUGAAUACAAAUAAUCCGCAACACAAUAGAGACAGGGAUGUGUGAGAACCCCUCAAUCUGAAACAAUCUAUUGUACUAGAAUAUUCCUUAACCACAGGAGGUGCUUUUGAUUUGAUAUUUUUCUGCUACAGCGUCAAAAUAUCUCACGCACAAUGAAGAGCACAAUUGCAAAGACAGACUCUGUUGCACAUCAGGAACCUUUGGCAUUCAGCAAACCAUGAGAUGUAAAUGGUAAUAAAAAAACAACAACUAUAUCCUAUGAAUCACUAAAUCAGUCACUGCACAUGCCAGUGUAGAAGAUAAUGGGAAAAUAAUUGGUGACAAACUAUAAUUGAAGGCAUAGGGACUGAAAGCAAAAGUGGAAAAUGACUUGUGUGCAAAAUAGUGCAUGAAAGAAGACAAAGGGAAUAAAGUAGUGGGACUCUGUAACGUAAGAGAAAAAAAAUCACAAGACAGAACAAGGGAGAGGGAGGAAGAUAGGAAGUGAAGGUAGAUAUUGGAGGGUGGGAUACAUCCAUUAGCCUUCCUUGCUCCUGGCUCAAUCUUGCGAUACAUCCCCUCGUUCAAGCUUUGAGAGCGAAAUAGACAGGGCUGGCACUAAGCCAGACUGGCACAGACUUCAAACAUACAGUACGCUCAACCACAGCAGCUUACAUCAGCCCGGUUGCAAGGAAAAGUUGAGGAGGACAGAUGGAUUGAUGGAUAUGAAAGUAGGAGGAUUGACGUAUGAGAGGAGAGGGUCUGGAGACCAAGUUGCAGGUCAUUUCAGGUUAGUUUGAGGCUGACAGGGUCUUGCUCAGUGCCAGAUGUAGCUGUUGGAACAUGGAGUGUGCUUUUAGUUUUCAUCUUUGGCUGACACUGAUUACAUAGAGCGCUGUGUAUCUACUUUAGCAAGCUCUACAUGUCUAAUAAUAGGCAUUGAAGCGACCUGAUAAUAUGGCAUAUACCGUCUAUGAGUCAGCAUGUACAGAGAAAAUGGAUUUCUCAACAGGCAUGACAGCCAUGGUCGACAUUAGGCUUUUUAAUCUUCUUUACACAUAUAUAAAGAAAUGUAUCUCCUUAGAUCUGUUUUGUGCAAAUCUGAAACAUAUUUUAAUAGUUAUCCUCUCCUCUGAAAAGUGAUCAUCUACAGCUGAUAGGCCAUAUGAUAUUUAUCAAAAUGUAAUUUAAUUUCUUACUCACAGUGGGCCUCUCUCUUCUCUCUCCGCAGAACUCCAUCCGACACAACCUUUCCCUCCACACGCGGUUUAUCAGGGUGCAGAAUGAGGGAACAGGGAAAAGUUCAUGGUGGAUGCUCAACCCAGAUGGGGGCAAGAUGGGAAAGGCUCCCCGCCGGAGAGCUGUCUCCAUGGACAACAGCACCAAAUACCUGAAAAGCAAAGGCCGCAUCAGAGGCAAGAGGGUUGGCCGACCUGGGAUAGGAGCAGUGUCUGCUGUGGUGGGUCUUCAGGGCUCCCCUGAACAUGGUAGCCCACCACGAAAGUGCCUCCCAGGAACUGGAGGUGCAUCUGGAACAGACGGAGAGUUUGAUGCCUGGACGGAUCUCCACUCCAGGGCUAGUUCAUCAGCCUCCACCCUGAGUGGGCGUCUGUCACCUAUUCUUGCUGAGGGAGAGCCAGAGGAACCAGAGGAGGGUGGCCUAUCCUGCUCCACCUCCCCACAUCUGUACCCCUCUCCGACCAGUGCUCGCUCUCCAUCCAUGGGGACAGGGAAUCGCUGCCCCCCCUUAGAGCAGCUGCCUCAGCUUGCUAACCUAACAGGUGCAAUCAGCCUGGAUGAGCACCUGUUGGAGGAUGGAUAUCAUCACCUUCACCCGCCACAGCAGCAACAUCAGCAGCAUCCAGCUGUUGGAAGACACAAGCACCAAACACCUGUCUACCAUUACAGCUCUGGAGUAAAAGGGCAGAGUCCCUAUGGUGUGAGUGUUUAUGGUGCAACAGGCAUGGGGAUGCUGUGCCACCAUUCACCCAUGCAGACCAUUCAGGAGAACAAGCCAGCAAGUUUCUCUGGAACCAUGCGGGCCUACUCCAGCACCAAUGCCCUGCAGAGUCUGUUAACAGGGGGUCUGACAGGGCAGCAAUACUGUUCCAAGGACAUGAUGCUGGGACAGGACAGGGACAACCAUCCUAUGCUAGGUCAAGCUAGCAAUGGAGUAGGCCCCAAUCACCACAGCCACCACCCUGGCCACCUCAAUGGUCACAGCCACAAUGGACCUCACAGUCACAACUCAGCCCACAGCCAUAACAGAACUCACAGUCAUAGUCGUAGUCACAACAAUGUAACCAACCACAACCACAACUCACCUCACAGCCUCACCCACAACAGUCACAACCUCAGCCAGAGCCAUAACAACACACCUCCCCGGUCUGCAGCCCUGACCCCACGUGGCAACGGCAAUCAGCUGCAGACCUACAACCACAAAGCUCCCUACCUGUACAGCCCUCCAUCACAUGCCCAUCUUCCCGCCUCCACCACUCUUCCCCCAAACCCAGCAGGUAUGCUUGGCAUGCCUCAGGACUCCUGCCAUGUGGCAGCUGCCCCGCACCCACACCCUCGUCACAACCAUUACCCAGAGCCACAACACCAAGGCAUGACAAACGGACCAUAUCACCUUGGGCAGGGAGCAGGGAAUGGCAGUGUUGGUAGCAACUACCAUGCCUUUCACCAACCUCACCUACAUGAGAGACUACCAGCUGACCUGGACAUUGACAUGUUUCAUGGUAGCUUGGACUGCGAUGUGGAGUCCAUCCUCCUCCAUGACAUAAUGGACUCUGGGGAGGAGAUGGACUUCAACUUUGACUGCUCUCUAGCCCAAGGGGUGGGCAUCGGCAUGGGUAUGGGCAUGGGUGUGACCAUGGGUAUGGGGAUGAGUGGUCUUGCUGGUCCACAGCAAGCCCACAGCAACCAGAGCUGGGUGCCUGGUUGAAGUCUAGGAGACCACAUCCUACCCUCUUAAUGAACUACCCUACCCAUGAAGCACUGUGCUCAACUGUGACAUUCCUGACCUGACACAGAGACUAAAGGACCAACACUCCCGUCUCUCUUUGUUGUCUUGACAAUUCUUCUGUCACCCUGUUCUCUUUUGAUUUCCCUACCCCCCUGAGAGCUCGAGCUCAUGUCACAUUAGGUUCUUAUUCAUAUCAGCUAUACUGUGAUGACAAUCUCUCAGCUGUGCUUGCCCAACAUCGCUUCUCAUCUACCAUGAGAACUGAACUCUCAAUGCACUUUAUUGCAAGUGGGUCACAUCUCUCAGUGCAAGGCGUUCACAGAGCAGCUCAGGCAGAACUUGGCAUGUGUUUUAAGGUGGCUGCGGGAUUUGUCAGAAACAAAUGAGGAAUUUACUCGCUGUGAUGUGAAAGCGUUAGAUCUCCACCCUGAGUUAUUAUUCUUUACACCUAUUCAUGUAACGUUCUUGUCAGUUGAGAGGACAAUCAGUUUAUUUUUGUAAAAAAAAAGAAAAAGAAAGAAAAAACAUGAAGCAGCUUUUUAAAAAUUAGAAUUAAAUCAAAACUUUAACAUGCCAGUGGUCUCACCGUACUUUUAGGUUGUACUUUUAGGACUCCAGUAUUCACUUUCAUUUGUCAACGGUUUUGUUAUGUUUGGCUUUAAAUAUGUCGUCCUUGUUGCUUUGACCUAACUGGUCACAACAUUUUGCUGAUGCCUUUUUGCUAUUGGCGACUGAAUAUUUUCAGCGCAUCAUUAAAUGGAGUCUGCCAUUAAGGGCGCAUGCAAUUUGGUGAAUUAAAAUGUCGUAUCACCUUGCCUCACCUGGGCCUCUCAUGCCACUUUCUCUCUCCCUUUAUCUCUCUCUCUCUCUCGCUUUCUCUCUGCCUGCCAGUGGAGACAAAGUGACCAUUCCUCACACCAAGCCAUUAAUGUGGGCUUGAUUGAAAUUCAGCAUCUUGCUUUUAAUCUCCAAAGUGAUGCGGCAGCGAUGCGUCAUUAUUGAGACUCUUAUGCAUUGUCCUCCCAUCCCUCACGCUGGCCGUCCGGGCCGUCGCUCACCUCACCAACUUAAUGUGCCAGGAAAGCGAGACAAAACCGUGAUUAACACCGACUCACUCUGCCUGCUGUCCUGCUCUGAGAAGGGCCAAAGUCACUGUCCACUUGCCUGCUCACAGAGGGUACAAAAAGGAUAAGAUGUAGAAGGAAAGUCUAUUGUUGCAGUGGGAUCAAUCAUAGGCCUCAGUUUCCAUGCUCUUUGGUUGUGUGUGUCUGAAAACUGGUAGUGUAUUUGUGUUGUAAAUCAUCUCCAUUUUCUGUAUUUUGUGUUCCCCUGCUCCCAUAUUUUACCCUCAGCUUCAGAUACCCAAAUAGGUGCAAAGGGAGAGGUUUUAGGAGAAAACAAUCAAUCAGUCUGAGUGGCAUGAGUCAAUGUCAAAGGGAUUGUAAUACCCACAGCCAUCAACAUUCACUUUUUGUGUGUUUAUUCGGUUGUCUUGUAGUUGUUGUUGUAUUGUUAAAAUUCUAAGGACCAACGAAGACAGCGUGAAACAUUCAUCGUAUACCGAUGGAUUUCAAUGGUGAAAUGAUGUUGGUAGUGCAGUAUGACCUUCCUACGCUCUGAUACCGUGCACCCCUCCCACAUGUGCUCUGCUCAACUGUCUCUGUGUUUGUGAGUGGGGGGAGUCUGAGGCUUGCUUCUCACUGGCCUUGGGAGAGAAAAAAAGAGGACACCCCUAUUCUCUAGUUCCCUCAAGGAGACUCUGUGCUCGGUCUAUACCAAGUGCAGUACACAAAGGAAAAGAGGAGUGAGGGUACGGGUAGGGUCUGGGGUUAUUAUUACAGCCAAAGGUCAAGCACGUUACAGACUAUCAGACCCAUUAUUGAGGUAAAUACCUUUAUUUCAGGGCUUUUAGCCACGCCGGUUCCAGUUAAUCUCCUUAAGGAAAAUGCGUGGAAUUUUCUAGGCAACCGGGCCUCACAUAGCAGUUAUGUUAAAACCUAUAUGCUUAAGACAUUUAGCAACGCCCUGCCAUUGGAAAGAGAGCUAUAUAUGAUGUCUAAUUUUCCUAUAUUUAUUUAUAAAAGAGAUUGGUCUUUGUCACUCCUAAAUGUGCUAGUUGUUUGAGUCAACUUCUAUCCCCUUCCUCUUUUUUUCUCUGUUUUUAAAGAUGUCACUCUCCCUUUGCCCCUUUACUGACUUUUAAUUUUGUACAAAAUCUAUAUAUUAAGAAUAUUGUAUAAUAGUUUUUAAAACUUCAAAAUAAUAAUAACAGUUUUGUUGUCUAUUUCUUUUUUAAGAGAAUGUAUCUCAUCAUC